UUGAGCCCGGGAGGCAGCUGCAGUGAGCCGAGAUUGCGCCACUGCACUGCAGCCUGGGCGACAGAGUGACACUCCGUUGCCAGUGAGUGAGCCAGUGCCCGGCCACCUACGCCGUCCCUUUAGUGGUUUCCAAAAACCACUGAAACAAACAAACAAACAAAAACAGCACGCUGUGUUCCUGAUGAUCUUUGCCUUGCUGGAGGCGGGCCGCACAGCCUUGAAACACAACAGCCAAGUGUUCUAGGCUCCUGCGUGCAUGGGGAAUACUUAACUCCGGUUCUGGGAAAGGGAUUUCUCAGAAAUUAAGCCAGGAAGUGAUCAAAAAACCUGCAGCAUUACUCCUCUGUGUCCUCUCAGGAAGUAUGUUUUAAGCCACUGAUUGAAUCGCCCUUGAGUUGCACAAGAAGGAAACUAGUUUCACAGGGUAAAAAAUGACAGAAGCUGCUGAAGUCGCUUCCCCGGGCCACUAAUUGAGAACCCCAGCUCCUGUGCUGGAGAGAAAGGCAGUGAGAGGAGGAAGUGAAGUCCAGCUCAUCCCUGGCUCUCUCUCAGGCCCCCACUUCCUUUCCAAGUCUGGAGGGCUGUGAACUGCCUGUGCCAUGGGCAGGACACCACUGAUCAGACCACCGAGGCUUUCCAGCUGCAGCCCCUCACUGAAGGCUACGUGUCUCUGGGUGCAGCUUAGAGAUAAGCAGGAGGCAUACACGGAAUACCUGAGGAGCAUCCACUAUAUCUCCCAGGUGCUACUGGAAGAAGUGGAAACCACUAAAGAAGCUGGGGAAACCAUGCCCCCCGAUACCUCCAAGAUGCUGAAGCUAGCACAGCAGUGUCUGGAGAGGGCCCAGUCGACAGCCGCCAAGCUUGGGAAAACAUGCCUGAAGCCAGCCAUGCCUGCGGCUGCUCCCAACCCCCAGCCUGCCGGCCGACACCGACGUGUGUAUUCAGACGAAGGAGGGAAGCUCUCUCCUUUUCUUCCGCCCGAGAUCUUCCAGAAGCUUCAGGGGGCAGAGUCACAAAGCUCUAAGAAAGAGCUGACGCCGUUGGAGGAAGCCUCCCUGCAGAAUCAGAAGCUGAAGGCUGCGUAUGAGGCCCGGAUGGCCCGGCUAGACCCCAGCCAGGCUAUGCAGAAGACAUCCCUGACCCUCUCUCUACAGCGGCAGAUGAUGGAGAACCUGGUGAUCGCCAAAGCGCGGGAGGAGACACUCCAGAGGAAGAUGGAGGAGCGCCGGUUGCGGCUCCAGGAGGCCGCCAACAGGAGGUUUUGCAGCCAGGUUGCCCUGACACCGGAGGAGCGGGAGCAGCGGGCACUUUACGCAGCCAUCCUGGAGUACGAGCAGGACCACGACUGGCCGAAGCACUGGAAGGCCAAGCUCAAGAGAAGCCCGGGGGACCUGUCGCUGGUGACCAGCCUGCUGUCACACCUGCUCAGCCUCCCUGACCACCCGAUUGCGCAGCUCCUGAGGCGGCUGCAGUGCGCGGUGUACAGCACCCUGUACCCCGCGGUGAGCAGGGCGGCCGCACCAGCCCCGGGCUGCUGUCCCCCGACCCCCAACCCUGGAAGCCGGCGGCUGCGGCCCUCGCAGAGCCUCCACUGCAUGCUGUCCCCGAGCGAGCCCAGCACAGCCCCGCAGCCCCAGGACAGCCCCCCCACGCCCUCACUCCACCCCCGCGCCGCGGGGCCUCCCUCACCUGUGGGGGACAUCACGUCUGGCCUGCCGGACAAGGACAGCUCAUUCGAGGACCUGGAGCAGUUUCUGAGGACGUCUGAGCCGCAGGGCCGGGGCCGGGGCCAUGGGGGGCAGCCCGAGCCGCAGCUGCAGCAGCUGAAGAGCGCGGUGGAGGACAUCCACAAUGCCAUCGCCCAGCCUGCAGGUGGUGAUGGCCCCAUGCCUCAGCCCUUCUCAGUUUGUAAAUGGAGCAGUAGAGACGGGGUUUCACCACCUUGGCCAGGCUGGCCUCAAACUCUUGACCUCAGCAGACAGGCUGCUCUCGCUGACCCUUCUGGCCUUCGAAGGCCUCAACACAGCUGCCUCCAAGGACCGCUGCCUAGCGUGCAUAGAGGAGCCCUUCUUCUCCCCGCUGUGGCCUCUGCUGCUGGCCCUGUACAGGAGUGUGCACCGAGCCCGGGAGGCCGCUCUGAGCAGGAGCAUGGAGCUCUACAGGAAUGCACCCCCCACCGCCAUCGGCAUCCCCACCAAGCUCCUCCCCAAGGACCCGGAGGCCAAGGGGACCUACCCCUACUGCGCUGCGGCCCAGGAGCUUGGACUGCUGAUCCUGGAGAGCUGCCCCCAAAAGAAGCUGGAGUGCAUAGGUUAGCAGUUCGGACCCUGCGGGUCAUCUGUGUCUGCGCAGAAGACUACUGCCCCACCUCGGAGACCACGUCGCAGGCUGGACUGCCGCCCAUCGCUGCAGCAGCCAUUGGUGCUGACGACCUGCUGCCCAUCCUCUCCUUCGUGGUGCUGAGGAGCGGCCUCCCUCAGCUGGUGUCGGAGUGCGCGGCCCUGGAGGAGUUCAUCCACGAGGGGUACCUGAUUGGAGAGGAGGGUUACUGCCUGACAUCACUGCAGAGUGCCCUGAGCUAUGUGGAGCUGCUGCCCCGGGGAGGCCUGGCCAAGCAGUAGAGCCAGACCCAGGGCUCUGGCAGGGCCUGGCCUUGCCUCCCAGGGCCGUACCUCCUGCACCUAGAGCCACGGGGCCUACCGAGGACAGCCCUGGAGCCCCACACUGCUCUGCACACGGCGCGAGGGCGCGGGGGAGCUGGUCCAUGCUGUGUGCUCUCCAGCUCUUGCCCCUUCCUCGCCCUACAUCUAACCCUGGAGCUUGGGGUUGGCACCUCUGCCCCAACAGGAUGGGUCUGAAGCAGCUCCAGGAGGAACCCAGCCCUGCUCUCCUGUGCAGGCGUCACAGGCUCUGAGAAGGGAAGCCGCAGGCUCCAGUGGGUGCAGGCUCAGCCUUGAGCGUCUGGCUGGGUCCUGCUCUGCCCUUCACUGGGGCAGCUCCUGGGAGGCAUCAGGAAAGAGGGCACCAUGAGCCAG